AUGGACACUGAAGAGUUCAGAGUACGCGGGAAGGAAAUGGUGGAUUAUAUUUGUACUUACAUGACGACGAUUAGAUCGCGGCGCGUGACUCCGUCUGUGGAGCCAGGGUACCUGCGGGCCGCGCUGCCGCCUUCGGCACCAGAAUACCCUGAGAGCUGGGACGACGUGAUGUGCGAUGUGGAGAACAAGAUCAUGCCGGGCCUGACGCACUGGCAGCAUCCUCGCUUCCAUGCCUACUUCCCUUCAGGCAACGGCUAUCCAUCCAUUCUUGGAGAUAUGCUGUCCGCUGGUAUAGCCUGCAUUGGUUUCUCUUGGGCAGCAGCACCUGCAAAUACGGAGUUAGAAAUCAUUAUGCUAGACUGGAUGGGUAAAGCGAUUGGCUUACCUCCAGCAUUCCUAGCUUUGGAAGAGGGUAGCAAAGGAGGCGGUGUUAUUGAAGGUUCAGCAAGCGAAUGUGUACUUGUCUGCAUGCUCGCUGCAAGGGCUAACGGCAUCAAACGCCUGAAACAUCAGUUUCCUACCGUGGAUGAAGGUCUUUUGCUGUCAAAAUUGAUCGCAUACUGCUCCAAAGAGGCGCAUUCUUGCGUUGAGAAGGCGGCCAUGAUAAGCUUUGUUAAGAUGCGCAUCUUGGAACCAGAUGAAAAUGGCGCACUAAGAGGUGAAACCUUGAAACAAGCUAUGGAAGAAGACGAGGAGGCUGGCCUAGUUCCGUUCUUUGUGGGAACCACGUUGGGAACAACCUCGUCAUGUUCGUUCGACGUUCUAACUGAAAUAGGUCCCGUUGUGAGGAAGUUCCCGUCCGUGUGGUUGCACGUAGACGCCGCAUACGCCGGCAGCGCCUUCCUCUGUCCCGAGCACAAAUAUCAUCUAGCCGGUGUAGAAUACGCAGAUUCCUUUAACACCAACCCUAAUAAACUGAUGCUUACGAACUUCGACAGUUCUCUCCUGUGGGUUACCAAUAGAUAUCUCCUGACGUCGGCACUAGUUGUCGACCCUUUGUACCUCCAGCACUGCUACGACCACACUGCUAUCGACUACCGACACUGGGGCGUGCCACUGAGCCGACGCUUUCGAUCGCUCAAGCUUUGGUUCAUGCUGAGGAGCUACGGCAUCACCGGCUUGCAGAAGUAUGUACGCCGUCACUGCGAACUGGCCAAGUACUUUGAACAACUCGUGAAGAAGGAUGAGAGAUUCCAAGUCUGCAACCAAGUAAAGCUGGGUCUGGUCUGCUUCCGUCUGGUGGGAGGUCCAGAGGAGUCGGGCGAGCAGGUGGACGAGCUGAACAAGAAGCUGCUAACCAACAUCAACGCCUCGGGCAAGAUCCAUAUGGUACCCGCGUCCGUGCGCGAUCGCUUCGUUAUCCGCUUCUGUGUCGUAUACCAGCACGCGACUCGGGAAGACAUCGAAAUUGCUUGGGAUAUCAUAACAGAAUUCGCUACCGAGCUACUGGAGGGUCCGGACAAGGAACGAGACUUAAAUGAAGAAAGAGCUCGCCGCCACCGCGCGGCUCUGGCCCACAAGCGCUCGUUCUUCGUCCGCAUGGUCAGCGACCCCAAGAUCUACAACCCGGCAAUCAACAAGACGCCACCGCCCGUGCCCACCACGCCCGGCUCCCCACCUGCCGCCGCUGCCGCUGCCCCCGCAUCUCCCGAUACGCCCUCGGACGCCGGCGGUGUGCUGCCUACCACACCGAAACAAUCUUCUUGGAUCAGCUGGCCUUUGGCGUUCUUCUUCCAAAGUGUCGAUAACGACAACAACGAUUUGCCGUUGAGGUUUCGCCAUUUAGAUACAAUGGUACGUCUGAAGAGCCCCGGGCAGCCGGGCCGGCGCGGCUCCUCGCCCAGCCCCUCCCCCGAGCGCCGCGCCCCCUCCCCCGCCGGACAUUGACUACUGCAACGCCUAUCACAAUAACUACUUAUCUAUUCUAUAAUAAUAAA